AUGCCUUCCUUCCUCAAGUCUAUGCUGCUGGCCGGCGUCGCUGCGACUAGCGUCAUGGCCCAAGAUGCCAUCAACUACGUCCAAAACUACAACGGCAAUGCUGCAGCAUUCUCUUACCAAGAGUCUGCUGGUACCUACACUGCCAAGUGGUCCGGCAACACCGACUUUGUUGUCGGUCUUGGUUGGUCGACUGGUGCGGCCCGCAACAUCCAGUACUCUGCCACCUACAGCGCUUCCGGCUCUGGCUCUUACCUCGCUGUGUACGGCUGGGUGAACUCCCCCCAAGCUGAGUACUACAUCGUCGAGUCUUACGGUUCCUACAACCCCUGCUCUGGUCAACAGAACCUUGGUACGAUCUCCUCCGAUGGGGGCUCGUACACCUUCUGCACAGACACCCGCACCAAUCAGCCCUCGAUCACCGGUACCAGCACCUUCACCCAGUACUGGUCCGUCCGCCAGACCCAGCGCACCAGCGGAACCAUCACCGUAGGCACGCACUGGAACACCUGGAAGCAGCACGGCUUCGGCUCGAGCUACAACUUCCAGGUCAUGGCUGUUGAAGCCUUCUCCGGCUCCGGGUCCGCCUCCGUCAAGGUCGCUGCCGUUGCCGCCGGCGCUGCUUCUUCUGCCGUCUCCUCUGCCCCUGUUGCUUCGUCCACUGCUAUCAAGGCCACUUCCACCAAGGCUAGCUCCGUGGCACCUACCACAGUCGCCCCCACCAGCGCUCACCAGACCACUACCGCGCCGACUGCCUCGGUCAGCAUCCCAGCUGGCUGCACCGUCAAGUACUUCACCGCAUAG